CGUACACAUACAUACCGGAGUUCGCCUUUCGCAUUUGGCACCAAUAUACCAUCAUGUCGGAUCCUGAAGCCAUUACAACCGAUGUGGACUAUUAUGAACUUCUCGGAGUAGCCUUCGAGGCCUCGGAGAAGGAUAUCACUAGGGCAUACCGUCGUACGGCCCUCAAAUACCAUCCUGACAAGAACCCCAACGACCUUCAGGCCGCUGAAAAGUUCCACGUUCUCGCCCAAGCAUACGAUGUACUUUCGACACCUGCUGCGAAAGCCGCCUACGACAAUGCUCGCGCUGCCAAGCUUGCUCAGAAGAGACGGGCGGAGACAUUUGAUUUGGAGAGGCGGAAGAUGAAAGAUGACCUCGAAGAACGAGAGUUGCGAGCUAAGAGGCAAGAGACAGACGUUGAGGAGGCAGAAGCGAGGUUUCAAGAGACACUUGUCCGGUUACAAGCCGAAGGAGCUGAGAGGAGGCGCAAGAGGGAUCAAGAGUUGCGGGACGAACAAGCACGGCAGAAAGAGAGAGCCCAGAUUGAGGCUCACGAAGGCCUGGAGAAGCAGGACGCAGUCGAGUUCGAAGAAAGCCGAUUCACGGAACUGGAUCGGACAAUCAAAGUACGCUGGCGCAAGGGGGAUAGGCCUGAUCUGUCGGAGGAGAUGCUACGGAGCGUAUUCGUCAAGUACGGAGAGAUCGACACAGUGAUUGCACGGGCUACAGACAAGAAGAUUCAAACAGGUUUAGUGCGGUUCUCCUCAAUCGUUGCUGCACAUGCCGCAGUAACGGAGGGUGUGGCCGGGGAUGAAUGCAAAGGGUUCAAGGAGGUAGCCUGGGCAUCGGGGACAGCGCCGGACGUAUCCCAUCAACCGACACCGGAACCAAAAGUGAGAUCACCUCUUCUCAAAUCUGCGGCAAAACCAGACGAGCCACAACAGGCAGCACCAAAACCUCAAUCCGCCUCCGGUGCACCGUCGUUUGGCUCCUUCAAAGGGUUCAAGCGAAAAGCAGCGGAAGCAAUCGUAAAUCCAGAUUACGAGAGCGUAACAUUGAUGCGGAUGAGAGAAGCAGAAAGGAAGAGAUUGGUGAAAGAAAUCCUGGAGAAUGAGGCGAGGGAUGAGUAGGAUACAUGGCUG